AUGGCAACAACAGAUAACAUUGUUGGGCGACAUACAUUCAACGCACAUGAUCUGAAGAUUACAUCAGUGAUAGUCUAUUUGGAUCGCGCUGAAGUGAAACGUAGCCUAAAGGCAUCCCUGGCAGCUGGCGUCAGUGAAGUGAUCGUUGAGAACAUCUCGUGGCAUGCUGAUAGCAACUCAGUCGUUGUCAAUGGCCGUGGUGAUGCAACCAUUCAUGAGGUUCAGCUCAAAGAGGUGCCAACACUACCUGAUGAAUCUUCUGCACCUCGGGUACAAGAGUUAAGAAAUACAUUGAAAAAACUGGAAGAGAAGCAGAAAAACAUGCAGGAUCAAAAAAAGAUUGCUGAAAAAAGCAUCUCUGUGCUGGAUAGCAUUAUUGAAAAGAGUGGCAAAGCGAUGGUCAAAUGUGAGGAUGGUUCAAGUGGACAUUCAGUGGCCAUUGGUGAAACACUUGAAAAUAUAUCAAAAUUGGUCAGCUAUCAUGAGCAAGGGCAUGCCGAAGCAUUGACAAAGAUACGCCAGCUGGAUGAGGAUUUGCGCCAACUUGAUGAGGAAAUCAGAAAAACUGAGGAACAGAUUAAUCAAACGCAGCAUCAUAAAACACAUAUCAGGAGCAUCUGCUUACUUCUCGAGAGCAACAGUGGUGGCGAUGUUGAACUGGAUGUAAGCUAUCAAGUGCCUUCCGCUUCCUGGCGUCCUUCUUACGAGAUACGUGUGCAGAGCGCAACAAACACCUUGAAGCUCUCAUAUUUUGGUCAAAUUCAACAAAACACUGGAGAAGAUUGGCUGGAUACAUCGCUAAUAUUGAGCACUGCACGACCAUCAUUUGGUGCUACAACGCCUCGCUUGGGCACAUUAAAUGCCGAAUUCCAUAAACCACCUCCUCCUAGACCAAAGUACCAUUAUCCGUUGGGUGCAGCAGCCUUUACUCAGGCAAGAAGGUAUGAGCAAUCCACAGCUUGCAAAUCGUAA